CGCAGUUUACGUCGACAAUAAUGGACGACAUGGACGACGUAGCCUCGUUCUGGCAGCACCAUGCUGAGGGUUUCUGUCCACAAGGCAACCCGCUUAACGUUUGGGAAGGAUUACUGCUCAUUGCAGCACAAACACCUGAGCGUUUCCGCGAAGCUUUGCAAGCGGCCGCAGUCGCUGUUGGUGCCCGGUACUGCAACCACGAUACUCCGCCGUGUCCUCUCCCUGAUAUCAGCAAACUGCCGGAGAGGCAGGCCGCCGCACAGCAAUACGCUGGAUUAUGCGGAAAGUACCACGCGGAAUACAUCGCCAACACCGACGUCACCAUGCAUGGUGGAAGAGAGGGCAGCAGGAGCUGAGAUCACAACGAAAAGAAUGAGGAAUCAGGCCUGCUACGACGCCGGGACGGCGCUCAACGCGCGAGGUCGUGGGGUUCAGCUGAGGAGGCAGAAGUGCUUCACCCACGCCUGCCGCGCGGUAUGGCCUGACGACCAGCCGCUGCCCGCAGCUGUACUUGCCGCUCUUUCGAUGUAGUGUGUGGCGCACGUGCCAUCGGCUACGCACGCGGGGCAAGGUAGCUAUGUUGUCUGUUUUGAUGAAGCCGAGACCGGCGGGCGAAUGUGCUGGCUCGAUUUCCCAAUGGGCGAACGGGCUAGGGUAGUUGAAGCAUUUCCGACAUCAACCGAAUAUCAGCCAGGUCUCAAACAUGACAAGCGCACGUGUGUGUUGACGGGGCGGGCCUUGGUGUGUCACUGUGCAUGCUGGAAAGGCUGGUUGUUCACGUGCUGCUGCUAAUGGUGAAGGGUUGGGUCAACAUUCCGUAACACGUUCGUUGUGCAAAGAAAAUAGGAACACGAGUUCGUCACGGUUGUUGUCGGUCGCGCGGAGCAGGUCGGACUUGCACCUUGGGUGUCACAAAUAAAUAAACAUAAAUAUAUUAAAAAAAGUUCGGCAAGAAAGACAUUCGGAAACGUGGUUCCAUGUGUCUUGGUUCUAUUGCGAGAGUUUCUUUUGUCUCCUUCAGGAAUAUCUUGGAGGUUCACGGGGAUUCCGACAGGUGCACGAGAAUAUGUGCGUUCAAUUCGUUUGGCAUUCGA